AUGAAGUCUGUUGCUCUCAUCUCCGCCCUGGCGGCUGUCGCCUCUGCUACUCCCACUCUCAAGGAGCCUCCUAGCAAGCGUGCAGCUCUUCCCACCGUCACUGCUUCCGGCAAUGUAGCUUUCUGGGCUGGUGACGAGCGCUUUUACCUCCGAGGUAUCGACUACCAGCCUGGUGGUGCUUCCGCUAAUGAGGAUCCUCUGGCCGAUCCCAAGAUCUGCAAGCGUGAUAUCAAGUACUUCAAGGAGCUCGGCGUCAACGUUAUUCGCGUUUACGCCGUCGACAACAAGGCCGAUCACGAUGAGUGCAUGAAGGCACUCGACGACGCUGGCAUCUACCUUGUUCUCGAUGUCAACAACCCCAAGUACUCCAUCAACCGUGCCACCCCCGGCCCUUCGUACAACGCCGCCUACAUCCAGAGUGUCUUGGCCACCGUCGAGAUGUUCGCCAAGUACGACAACACACUCGCUUUCUUCUCCGGUAACGAGGUCAUGAACGACGAGAAGGACACUGAUAAGUCAGCUCCCUACGUCAAGGCCAUUACCCGUGACAUGCGAAACUACAUCAAGGCCCGCAAGCUUCGCAAGAUCCCCGUCGGUUACUCCGCUGCCGAUGUUGCCUCCAACCGCAUGCAGACUGCUCACUACAUGAACUGUGGUUCUGACGAGGUUCGAUCCGACUUCUUCGCCUUCAACGAUUACUCUUGGUGCAACAGCAACUUCCAGACUUCCGGCUGGGACGUCAAGGUCAAGAACUUCACCGACUACGGUAUCCCUAUCUUCCUGUCUGAGUUUGGUUGCAUCGAGAGCCGCCCCCGCAAGUUCGAGGAGAUUAAGCCUAUGAUGGACUCCGACAUGUCCUCUGUCUACUCCGGUGGUCUUAUGUACGAGUACUCCCUCGAGGACAACGACUACGGUAUCGUCAAGAUUAAGGGUGACAAGGUCGACACCAUGAAGGAGUUCGAUCUCUUCAAGGAGGCCUUGUCCAAGUACCCCAUGCCCACUGGCACUGGCGGUGCUCUUAAGGCUUCUCACGGCGUUGAGUGUCCCAAGUCUGAGUCUGUCUGGCAGGUCGACCCCAGCUACCUCCCCGAGAUGCCUUCUCAGGCUGAGAAGUACAUGAAGGACGGUGCUGGUAAGGGUCCUGGUAUUAACGGAAAGGGCUCUCACUUCGAUACCGACAGCGGUACUGCCACCGCCAGUGUUGCUAUUGGCUCUUCCACAUCCAAGUCUGACGGCUCCUCCGCCUCAAACGAGGAAGACGAUGACAGCGGUGCUGCCACCAUGGGCUACGGUGCUCUGUAUGUCACCGGUGCCGCUACUCUCUUCACCCUCUUCGGAACCCUUCUUCUCUAA